AUGGCUCUCACCAGGCUGAACUCACGCUUAACCCUGUCUCACCAUUCCAUUUUUCCUCUCUCCAAAGGCGCCCUAAAGCCCUAUUCUACCUCCUCGGACGCACUCGACCUUCAAGACGAAGCCGACAGCGCCAACGCCAACUUAUCUCCGGUGGAAACUUUAAUUGCCGAUAAAUUCUAUUCCUUAAUCAAAGACCAUUACCGGAAAAACCCUAAUCCCUUAAACCCUAGCAAUAACCCCUUAAACCCUAGUGUAACAUUCCCUACACUUUCUUACGAGUUCUCCAAAAUCUCCGUUGUCAAUUCCCUCUCCCCUUCCUUAAUCCGCUGUGUACUUGAAAAAUGCUCCGCCCUCCGCCAUGGUAUUCCCUUUAUUCAAGCACUUGCUUUCUUCAAUUGGGCCACCUCACCAUCGAAUUUGUCUGAAAUUUCACCUUUAUUGGUGGAGGCCUACAACAAAAUGAUCGACCUUUCUGGAAAGGUGCGUCAUUUUGAUGUCUCCUGGCACUUUAUUGAUUUAAUGAAAUCGAAAAGCAUAGAAAUCCCAAUUGAAACUUUCUCGAUUUUGAUUCGCCGUUAUGUUCUUGCUGGGUUGGCUGCGGAGGCCAUACAUGCUUUUAAUAGAAUGGAGGAUUAUGGUUGCAAGCCUGAUCGCAAUGCGUUUUCUAUAGUGAUUGGUAUAUUGUGUAAGAAGAGAAGAGCGGUGGAAGCACAAGCAUUUUUUGAUAGUUUGAAGGAUAAGUUUGAGGUAGACACUGUGUUGUAUACCAGUUUAGUGCACGGGUGGUGUCGGGCUGGGAAUAUUUCUGAGGCUGAGAAGGUGUUUCGGGAAAUGAAGACGGCUGGUAUUCAGCCCAAUGUGUAUACCUAUACCAUUGUGAUCGAUGCUUUGUGUAGAUGUGGUCAAAUUACAAGAGCACAUGAUGUUUUCUCAGAGAUGAUCGAUGUGGGAUGUGUACCAAACACAGUUACGUAUAACAAUUUAAUGCGGGUUCAUGUAAAGGCUGGGAGGACUGAGAAAGUGUUGCAAGUGUAUAAUCAGAUGAAGAGGCUUUCAUGUGAGCCAGAUGUGAUCACGUAUAACUUUUUGAUUGAUAGUCAUUGUAAGGACAAGAAUCGGGAGGAGGCAAUUAAGGUGCUUAAUACGAUGGUUAGGAAAGGAUGUGAGACAAAUCCCUCUAGUUUCAAUCCAAUUUUAAGAUGCAUUGCAGAAGCCCAGGAUGUGAAUGCUGCACAUAGAUUAUUUGCCAAGAUGAAGGAGCUAAAUUGUAAGCCAAAUACCGUGACGUAUAAUAUAUUGCUCCGGAUGUUUGCUGAGUCUAAAUCGACAGAUAUGGUUAUUAAAAUUAAGAAAGAAAUGGACUUGAGUGAUGUUGAGCCUAAUGUGAAUACUUUCAGAAUUAUGAUUUCAGUGUACUGUAAAAUGGGUCACUGGAACAAUGCAUACAAAUAUCUCAAAGAGAUGGUUGAGGAAAAGCGUUUGAGACCUGGUAUGCCAGCCUGUAAAAUGGUUUUGGAGCAGUUAAGGAAAGCAGGGCAGAUAAAGAAGCACGAGGAAUUGGUAGAAACAAUGCUCCGCCAAUUGCCAGUCCAGUUUUGGAAUAUCUUCAUUGUAGUGCCAAUAGAUAACUGCUUCCAUAAUUCAAGUUAUCAGAUACAUUAUGAGGGCACGGCCAUUGCCAACCAACAACCAUCACGCCAACCAUCUUUUCUGAUUAUGAAAAGCAAAAUCAGCAAAAAGAAACGUGUUUCACAGCCGGCAACCAACACCAACACCAACCGUGCCACCGCUGAAGAUGAAACCGUCAGCUGCCAUUCUGAAUAUUUGUAG